GUGUACUCUUACUCGGUCCCUUUUACCGUUUACCCCACAGAGGCAGGCACGUUUUAAGAUGGAGACAGCGAAAAGAAUGGAAGAAUUGUGCCAGCUUCUUCUUAAAGAAGAUGCCCCAGUUACAGAAUGGUUUAAAUUACUCAAUGAAACUCUGCAGGAUACAGACCCACUUAUAACCCAAGAAUUUAGUGAGGAGCAGGAUAGACAAAGUGUUAGAAUGCCAUUACUUCCACAACUACUCUACUUGAUUAGAGGGUACCUGCUGAACCAUAGAUGGUCUGAAGCCUUGCAGAUAUUAGAGAACAUUGUUCAGAUACCUUUAGGCUCAUCAAAUACUGUGUGGAAGGUAGGCACAGAAUUGAUGAGUAUGGAGGGUGAUGAAAACAGAGAUUUGAUCCAGCAUUUGUUCAGAAAGAUAAGAGGGGUAAGUGAGAUGAAUGAAAAAGAAGUGUUGAUGGAAUAUGUAGCAUAUUUACUGCAUAUAGGGGAUGAUGAGGAAGCUUGUACUGUAAUGCAGGAAGUUCGUAAACGACAUGGGCUAAAGAAAAUUACAAGUGAAGAAAGAGAGAAGUAUACUGAUCAUAUGCACAAAGCUUAUCUUGGAUUACUUUGGUAUUUGGAGUGGAAAAAAUACUUAAAAUUACAUGAGGAGACUGAGGCUAAAUGUGAUGGAUCAAAACAAAGUGAUAAUCUAAGCCAGCAUAUGAUGAAUUCACAGAAACAGUCAAUGGCCAUACAGAUGGAGAACUUUUGUGAGAAGGCAAAACAAUGUUUCAAUGAGCUGAAGGAGUAUCCAGGAAUCUGGGAUAUAUUUAUAACCAAACAUGCAGAAUUACUUACUUGGCAAAAUAAGGAGAUGGAUGCAUUUGCGGUUUUGAAGAACUAUUGUGAGAAAAAUCCUGGCAACUUGAAUGCCCACAAAUACCUGUACAUCUAUUGUAAGGAGCACUUCCCUGAACAUGAGGACAAGAUUUCAAGCCUUCAAGCUAUUGCCAAGUUAUCUCCCUCUGAUAGUUUGGUGCUAGAUCUCUGCACUCAUCUUAUUGAAGAUGGUGAUAUUAUCUCUGCUGUGCCAUUAUUAUUCAGUUUACUGGAUUACUCUUGUUGGCAGUCUAUUGAAAAGCCAUGGAGAAUAAUGUCUGAAUGCUUGAAAAAAAUUCAUAAAGACAAGUAAGCACUUAUUUCAUUAUCUCUCUCCAUACA